CAAUAGAAAGCCUGCGAUGUCCAUCGCUCUUUCUGAAAGUCAAUUAUCUUUCAUUGACUCGCCAUCUUUUCUUAAGCUUCCUCGAGGGUCAAAAGCUACUGAAUGCAAUUCUCCAUAUGCGGAGAAAAGUUUGUCCGAGUCAAAUAAGAUGCUAACCGAAGAAGUUGAGAGGCUGAAAGCUGAGGCUAGGAAUCUUGAAACACAAUGUCACCUUGGGAACCAGAAGAUUCAAGAAUGUCAACGUCAAAUUGAGGAAACAUGGUUAUUGGCGAAGGAGGAAGCAUCGAAGUUGAAAGCUGCAAAAGAAGUUAUAAAGGCUUUGGCUUUACGGCUUCACACCAUGAAAGGGAAGGUAUCUUCCACGAAAACUGGGAUUGAUGUCAGCUCACCCAGAACCAAGCUUGUGGAUAGAAAAAGUCCUUCCCUCGAGCACCCUAUGCCUGUUGCUACUCGUGUGCCUUCUGAUGUCAAAUCACCGAAACAAAGAAAAAUGGAUAAUGUAACUGAUGCUAGUCUACCCAUAACCAAGCUUGUGGAAAGAAAAAGUCCUUCCCUCGAGCAUCCUAUGCCUGUUGCUACUCGUGUGCCUUCUGAUGUCAAAUCACCGAAAGAAAGACAAAUGGAUAAUGUAACUGAUGCCAGUCUACCCAUAACCAAGCUUGUGGAUAGAAAAAGUCCUUCCCUCGAGCAUCCUAUGCCUGUCGCUACUCGUGUGCCUUCUGAUGCCAAAUCACCGAAAGAAAGACAAACGGACAAUUCAUGUCUCUCUCCUAUUAUUUCCUCGGGUAAGUUGCAUUCCAUGCGUGGUAAUACCAUUUGCCAUGAGAACAGUAGAUCUCUGGAGACUUCACUUGCUACCGCAACAGAACCUCCGCAAAAUGUAUCUAAAGCUUCAAAGCUGGAAUGGGUGGAACAGUAUGAACCUGGUGUAUAUGUUACGUUCACAACUUUGCCUUCCGGUCAGAAGGGACUUAAGCGCGUGAGAUUCAGCCGCAAGCGAUUCACAGAGAAGGAAGCUGGGAAGUGGUGGGAGGAUAAUCAGGGUGUAGUUUAUCAGAAAUAUGGUAUUGAUGGAUACACUGGUUCAAAUCAAAAUCAAAUGAGAAGUUAAUUAUUCGUUAUUAUUCUUCCUCUGCUUUCUUUUGAUGAUUCAUCAAAAUUGCAUUGGUUCCCAUAUGGAACAAUGCCAAAGAUUUUGCUUUAGUUAAGGGUCCUUCAAUGGAGGUAAAUUUAUAUAUAUACACAACAGAUUCCCUGCAAUGCAAGUAGGUAGACAGCUUCUUCUUCUUCUUCUUCAUCUUCUUCUUCUUCUUCUUGCUCAAGUUUGUUCAUAUUGGUGGUCUCUGGCUUCUAUGCCUCUUUGUAUAGAUGAGCAAUAAAAUAAAACCACCUGCUUCUCCCUCUCUCUAUCUCUCUCUCUCACUACA